AUGGGAAGCCUUCAGACACCUCAAAGCGACAACGCGUACUGCACGCUCGUCACAAACGACGACUACGUCCUCGCCGCCGCAGUCCUCGCCGAGUCCCUCAGGAAAACAAAAACCACCCUACCCAUCUGCGUCCUCAUCACCCCCUCGACGGUCUCCAAAUCCGCAACCUCGACCCUCCAAUCCCUCUUCGACCUCGUCAUCCCCGUCCCCGCCCUCGCCUCCCUAACAACCUCCAACCUCGACCUCAUCGGCCGCCCGGACCUGCACGCCACCAUGACCAAGAUCCAGCUCUGGUCCCUCACCCAGUUCACGCGCCUCCUCUACCUCGACGCCGACACCCUCGUCAUGUCCCCCCUCGACCACCUCUUCGCCCUGCCCCCGGACAUCCCCUUCGCCGCCGCCCCCGAGAUCGGGUUCCCCGACUGCUUCAACAGCGGCGUCAUGCUCCUCCGCCCGGACGCCGCGACGCACGCCGAGCUGACGGCCUUCGCGGCGCGCGUCGACUCCUUCGACGGCGGGGACCAGGGGCUGCUGAACGUCUUCUUCGGGGACGGCACGCGGAAUCACCCCGCGACGCUGCUCCUCAGGAACUCAGAGAAGAAGAAGGCAUCAUCAAAGAAGACUGAUACUGCUGCCGCUGCCGCUGCCGAAGAACGCAACUGGUACAGACUCAGCUUCACCUACAACAUGGAGAUGCACAAGGUCUACCGCUUCUACAUCCCCGCGGCGCUGCGGUACCGCGACGAGCACAAGGUGCUGCACUUCAUCGGCAAGGACAAGCCGUGGCACUUUGACGACGGGAGGGUCGAGGUCGAGGACGACGCGGGGCCGUACCAGCGCUUCUACGCAGAUAUGGUGGGCAAGUGGUGGGAUACGAGGAGGUCGAUCCAGGCCGCGCUUUGA